AAUUCAAUAUGUUCUAAUCUAGGUUAAUGAGUGAAAGUGAAUGAGUGGGGAAAAAAACGAGCUGCCGAUUUUUUCUAUUUUUAUUCCCACGCAUUUUUUCCCUUUGGGUUUGGGGUCUCACAUUAUCUGAAAUCUAAAUGGAGAUAAGCCUGUUCCUUCCACAGACAACUGGACCGACCGGCCGCCCUUUGGGUUUGGGGUUGCACCAACCAAAUGAGUUUCUAAUCUUCCUAUGUGAUUUUUCGACGAGGACACAACCAUAGUUAAGACAAUAAUCAAGCACAAAUAAUUAACUCAUAGUUUGACUAUGAAAUAAGAAAAAUUACAGAAAAUAUUUUUUGUUAUUUCAAAUAAUUAUAAAAAGGAAAAUGUUAGGAUGAUAAAAAUAAUAUAUCAAAUAAGUAAAGUGGGAAGCAUUUGACUGAAUUUCGUAUCUCAAUAUUUUAUUUUGUUUCAUUUUUUUAUUUUUUUCACCAGAGGAAAGAAUGAGGAAGGUGCUGCCCGGAGAAUGGGGAAGAAACAGUGAUCGGAAUUGAGGAAGAGAGAAGAACACAAAGGAAAUUCCUCCAUUCCAUUCUUUCUUGCUAAUCGAACUGCUCUUUCCAAUUCCUAAAGCUGAUAAACAUUUCAUAUGGGAUUGGUUCGUUGAUUCGCGAAAUUCAGAUGGAAAGCCAAAGGUGGAAAGAAUACAACGGUGAUAACCAUCGGUUUUUGUCUGAAUAUGAUGAUCUCGUCCUAGAUCGGUGCGUAUCCAAUAGAAAGCAUAGCCCGCCCCUUCCGCCCUCUGCAUUUCCUUCUAGCCUUGGCUACAUCCGACAUCCUGUCUCCAAAAUGGACACUCUCGCUGGAAUCGCAAUCAAGUACGGCGUUGAGGUAUCAGACAUCAAAAAAAUGAAUGGCCUCGUUACAGACCUUCAGAUGUUUGCUCUUAAAACUCUUCACAUCCCACUACGGGGAAGACACCCUCCAUCAGAUGAUUCCACUACUACAGGACACAGGACGCCGGAUGAACUGUUUGAUUUGCAACAUUCUUUGACAACGGAUUCUCCGCUGCGGAAGUCCUCCCCGGGUGGGAACUCUUUGCAAGGUUUCUAUAGAAUUAAACCGAUGGACAAGAAAACCAUAUCCGAUGACUUUCAGAUGGCAGUGAACGGAAAAGGGGCUUCUAAUUUCUCCGAAGAUGUAUCAUCCUCGCAGAACUUAGCUUCGACCCACCAACCUCUGAGUCGUCACCGAAAAUCUAAAAGUCUAGUUGAUAUCAUUUUGAGCGAGAUUGAGGAGCAGCCUGAUAUUUUGCCUGCUACCGAGGAGACGCUCUUGAGGGAGGAUAAUAGCGGCGCCUGUGGGUUUCCAUCAAGAACAGGAAAAGGCCUGGCUCUCAGACAGAAAUCAGCAAGCCGAGCUUCAUUGACCACAGAUUCUGAAGCUAGUGCCUCAAAUUCUGGGCCACUUGCUUUGGAGGACAUUUGCCGAACUGAUAGCCCCUCUGGUGUUAAGAAAUCAUCGAGCACAUCAUGUUUAUAUGACGAGGCUAGAUCCCCAUCUAUCUGGCCAACUUCAAAAUGGAGUUUGAGACCAGAUUUUCAGGCAAAGCCGAAGUUUGAUGGCUUGCCCAAGCCCACAAUUGGUCGAAGAAAUAAAGCUGCAAUCGAUAAACAUAUAUAGUUGCUUGCCACAACAAUUUUGAUUCUUUUAUCAGGCUCCCCAACAUAAGCUACUAUGUUUACGGAUAUGGAGAAGGUAAAUUAGAUUUCCUUUCUUUGGGCACACAGAUUUCCUUUCUUCUUUUACAAGAAUCAAAUAUCACACAUGAAUCUUUCAACAGGUCACUAUUUUUUUUUCCA